GUAUGCAUAAAUUCAAUAAAAAAAAGUUUGAGAAAUCUUUUCUAGUUCGUUUCCGAUCCGUCGUCGGCUCCGUCGCCAUUCUCCGCUCUGUCUCUGUCCUCUUUCAGGAAUUCAGCUGUCGCCGGAGGGGGAGGCGCCAUCCGUUCUUCCGUCAUAUCAGCACCGGGUUAAGUCAUGGCGCCACACGAUCUCCGCCGUCCGUUCAAACGCGCAGCAAUCUCUGACCAGCAGAAGCGGCGAGAGCUAUCCUUGCAGCGGCAGGUCCAGAACCGCCGCGACGCGCAGCAGCAGGCCCGAUUUUUGGCGAGCACUAUUCUGUCCCUUCAGAAUGACUCGCCGGAGCUUGAAGCAAGCAGCAUGGAUAUUGUGCCCCCAACCGAAGAACAUGCUCAAAACUUUGAUGUCCGACAGGCAGCCAGUUUGAGGGGACCGGAAGCUCGUCUGUGGUUCGCUAAGCAGCUUAUGCUUCCUGAAUGGAUGAUUGAUGUGCCUGAAGGAUUGGGCGUCGAUUGGUAUGUGUGUGCUAGACCGGCGGGGAAACGAUGUUUUGUGGUGUCGUCUAAUGGGAUAACAGUUAGUCGACUACGUAAUGGCAGCAUGCUGCACCGGUUUCCUUCUGCUUUACCAAAUGGUUCCAGGUCCAAUAACAGCACUCGCUCGGGCCAAUCAUAUUGUAUACUUGAUUGCAUAUUUUACGAGCCUGAUCAGACCUACUAUGUUAUUGAUAUGGUGUGCUGGGCAGGAAUGUCACUCUAUGAAUGUACAGCCGAGUUUAGAUUUUUCUGGUUAAACAGCAAGCUUGUUGAGACGGGAGCAUGCGGUGAUCCCUCACAUUACCAUAAAUAUCGUUUUAGGACAGUUCCCAUAUACAACUGCGACCAAGAGGGUCUAAAAACUGCUUAUUCUGAAUCGUCCUCAUAUGUUAAGGAUGGACUUAUGUUCUACAAUAUGCAUGCACACUAUCAAGCUGGAAAUACUCCCUUGGUACUUGUCUGGAAGGACGAGCUUUGCAGUCAAUAUGUUCUUGAUACGGACGGAAAGGGUGAAAUUCCAGAUCAACAGCAGGUAGUUUUGGAGCUACUUGAUGAUGGUAGAUUGGCAACGUCUGAUGAUCCUCCAGUAAUCUUUGGUUCCUUGGGCAUGGCUUUCAUCGAACAGACAGGACUUCAGACCGGUAAUCUUCUCCGUUUUUCCAUCAAUCAAGGGGGUUUAUGUUUUGCCAAUGGGAAAUUGGAGAAAGCAGAUUUUCACUAUGUUGGGAAGUCAAAUCGUUCGCGAGCCUUUGCCGACAGCUAUUCAAAGGUCAUGUUUCAAUAUAUGGCGCGCCAUUCUCCUCUCAGAAUCGAACACCUCUUUGCAUCAAUUACUUCACCAAAGGAAGAAACCUCAGCUUCCGACAUAGAUAUGGCCGGUUAAAGUGGCUGUCACGGCUUAGUCUUGUAAUCGAUUCCCAGGUACUUAGUGUGUUACAUCCUAUCUUAUUAGAUCAUAUCUCCUUUGGGAGAUUUACUUAAUUUCCGAAAAUAUGAUCAUUUCAUCGAGAAAUUUAAAAAUGCAUUUGUUGAGUUGUUUAGUGUGUAGUUUCUCAAGGGGAUCUUAUCGAAAGCUAAGUUAGACUCGGCAUGAAUAUUCAAGU